UGAGAGCACUGCAGCAUCUCUCUUAAAAAUAAAAAAAAUUACCCCUUUUCUUUUAUUAGAAUCUCUCUCUAAACCCUAGAAGGAAUCCCUCUCCAUUGCAGUUUCUCUAUCCAAUGGAAGACAAUCGGACCGUCUGAUUGGCCCAACCCCACCCCAAGAGAAACACCCGAGCUCUCGAUUUCUCCGACCCCAUUUUUCCGCCAUGAAAGAAAGAAAAUCAUCUAAAUUCAAACUCCAGCAGCAGCAGCAGCAGCAGCAGCAGAACGGCCACGUAUCCCCUUUCAAAUUCGCGAAAUUGCUAGAUCCAGAAGCUUCCUGGGACAAGGAUCAAUUGGGAGAUGUGUUGCAUUGGAUUCGGCAAGCGGUAGGCCUCAUAUGUGGAUUACUAUGGGGUGCUGUUCCUUUUGUGGGGGGCAUAUGGAUUAUUGUGUUCCUGGUGCUAUCUUCUGGGAUUAUCUAUGGGUAUUAUGCGAUCGUAUUGAAGAUAGAUGAAGAAGAAUUUGGUGGCCAUGCCACACUUCUUCAAGAGGGACUCUUCGCAUCUUUUUCUCUGUUUCUGCUUGCCUGGAUUCUAGUAUACAGCUUGGUGCAUUUCUAGCUGUAUAGUUUUCAACGACAACAAAAACUAGCGUUCUGCAGCAGGAGUUUUCUUUUUUCUCAUUUCUAUUGAAUAACAGUUUGUAUAAUUUCAUUGGUUAUCUGAGUCCCAAUUGCUUGUGCCCUUAAAAAAAAAAAAAAAAAAUUGAAGGAGGAAAAAGAAAACAACAACGAAAAAUAUACUUAGUCAUUGUGAUUGCUUCAUCCACCUUUUUUUUUGCGACCCCAGGAUGCAUUCAUGGCCUCACACGGCUGUCUAGGCCAUCUUGCACACUGGGCUGCUCUUUUGGUUGCUCAUGUGUGGGCUCCGUAUAAUACCUGUAGGAUCUGAGAAAUCGCAUGCAGAGUGAAAGAUUGAAAUUUGGGGCGUCUGUUUGGGUUUUCAAGUUGUACAGGUGGGGCCCGUGGUUUAUUGCUAGCACAUUGACGUUUGGAAAGGUAAUGAAAGUAGGGGUGUAACAGCUUGUUUUAUUCCAAUCCGGGACUUCUAUA